GUUUCUGAAAUCAACCUGUGCAGAUGGGUUCUGGUUUAUUGCUGUUUUGGAUCUUCGGAUCGGUUGCGCUUUCGCAUCGAUUUGUACUCGUAAGAAGUGAGAAUGUUGAAGCUGAUUAUGACGGAGAUCGGUUAAACGAAACAACCCAGUAUCAUCCCCUAGAUGCGCUGUUGCUAGAAUCAGUUGAAGCUGACCGCAACGAAGAUCAAUUAAACGAAACAACCCAGUAUCAUCCCCUAGAUGCGCUGUUGCUAGAAACAGUUGAAACUGACCGCAACGAAAAUCAAUUAAACGAAACAAUCCAGUACCAUGCCUUAGAUGCGCUGUUGUUAGAAAUUGGUGGUAUCAAUAAGACGGAUUUCGAUGCACCUAUCCAAACAAAACUGAUAUCUCCUGUCUCUUGCCCAUUCAAUGCUUCUGAGUGGGAAUAUCCGCACAUAGUUUCGGUAGUUGACGUUAGAAAACAUGAAGCAUCGUGCAUUGGAACCCUCAUAUGGGAUGAUUUUGUACUCACAGUGGCUGAAUGUAUAACAAGCCGUCCCAUCGCUCGCUUACAAAUAGCAAUAAACAACCCGAAUCAGGCGAGCUGCCUAAUGCGCAAAAUUGCACAAACGUUUACGCACCCGUACUACCCCCAGCGCAACCAGGCAAUAUACAACAUAGCAUUAAUAAAGCUAGACAAAAGCGUUGCUAUAAGACUAGAUGUUAUUCCCACAUGCUUUUGGAUGAACGACAAAUUUCCAGUUGAUGGGUCAACGGACGUACUUGUUGUAGAAGGUGACAUGAAGUCAUCUCGUAUCAAGUCAAGUUAUACAGGUCACUUUAACAAAACUGGGUACGUUACUCCAUCCGCGAAGACAAAGCACAACAACUGUAAGCCCAAAAGCUCAAAAUUUAUUUUUGCGAUGGUCAAAAAGAAGGAAAAAAAUGUGCCUCACUUGGUUGCUGUAAGCUGUGAAACAUCUGCCACGAAAACAUUGAUGCCCAUCGCUACGUUGUUUCCCUGGAUAACGAAAGUAUUGCAACAAAACAGUACGAAUGAAUUUUUAGACAAUUACAUAAACUCAUGCUUCGAUCGCCACUAUGACACACGUGCUUUCGAUUUCAAUGUUCCUAAUGGCAAUCCUAUAUUUGACCCAUGCGAAGCGCAUUUUGAAAAGAGCGACCAUCAGGUACGAAUCGUUCAAACAGAUGAUAACGAGACCAACAACACCGUCUGUUACGGAGCUCUCGUUCAGCGUAAUGCUGUGGUCACUUUAGCGGAAUGUGUCGUGAAUCUUAGCGCCGACGAGCUGAGGGUUGCUUUUUCCGAUUUUUCCAUGAAUGUUCGAGACGUUGUUGUGCAUCCAGAGUUUGAGGGUGCUGGUAACAUCUUCGUGAACAACAUAGCGGUAUUGAUGCUGGAAUAUCCCGUGCCGUUCUUUUCUGUCUCUACGGGGUGGUACGAAGAUACAUUGGCCAGUGAAGAAAUGUGGAUCUCUGGAGAGUAUAAGGAAAACAUGUUUCCGAAUUGUGAUCCGUCCAGAAACGAGACAUUUGAGUCUGCAUCCGUUUACGCAACCGCACUCCAAAACGCAGAAUGUCUCGAUAAACUAGCUCAGCUUUCAUGGCAAAACAAUAACACACAGCAUCUCUGUCUGCAAGUAAAGUCAGCCACGGCUUUGGACACUUGCAACAUCAACAAAGGAGCUGCACUGGUCGUUUCGAACGAAACUUCAAACAACAUUUACGGAUUGAAUUUAUUGCAGCAUGACUGUGAUAUGAGCAAACCAAUAGUUGCGGUGCGUCUGAGUGCACACCAAAGAUGGUUGAGGUCUGUUUUACAAACUUCGAGUAUAAACAUAAGACAGGAUUUGCAUCUUAACGAGCGCUGCACGUAUCCAGGAGGAGUCGAGGGACAGUGCGCCGAGGAGCAAGACUGUCCAGGCGCUGAAGAGCGUAUCCCUCCGUCCCUAGCGCCUAUGUUCUGCAGCAAUCGAUCGGUUAUUUGCUGCCCAGAUAAAGUGCAGCCAAAGCUAAAUGCAAUCGAAACUGAGUUCAAUGAAUGUGAAAACCGAUAUCGUCAUCUAAGACAGUCGCUUGUCACCCAAUCCUUUCAGUCACCUCAUCUGGUCGAGCUUGGAUGGGAAUAUGAUCAUUUUAAGCUUUUCGAUUGUCUUGGGUACCUGAUUAGCAGCCGGGGAGUUGUAACAUCGGCCUCUUGUGUUAAGGCGAAAUUUGCAUAUCCAAACAUCGUGCGUAACGUACACCCUACUGAUAGGAUUGUUGUACCGAUAGAAUCCGUACACAUUCAUCCAGAAUAUAACGAAACGGAUCGUUCGCAUGAUAUUGCUCUGAUAAAACUGUCGACGGAAAACUACAUGACGGUGAAUCUAUUUCCGGUUUGCCUGUGGCAGAGCCGCUUCAAUGAGCCAUCCCAGCGACAAGGUCAUUUGUUUGCUGUCUUAAAAGAACACGAAUGCCGGCUCAAACCAAUGAAUCAACAGGAAUGCAAUGUGAUAUCGAAAUACCCGACAGUGGCAUCUGAACUGUGUCCCUAUGAUCCGUUUGUGCGCUCCUGUGCGCUGUACUAUAUUCCUGCAUUGAAACAUUCUGCCGUAAAGUGUAAGUUUGCCGAAGAUGAUAGUAAGCUCUGUAGUAGCUGUAUAAACCCUGGCACACCUAUUAUACUGAACGACUUACUGGAUGACGAAGAUAUUCCCAUAACUUACUUGUAUGGUAUACACGGAGCUAGAGAAUGUGCCACAAAAGAUGUUCGCUUCAUUCUUCGUACCGCAUAUUACAUCGAUUGGUUUGCCAAAGUGCUGAGGUAAGUUGUACAGAGUAAUAUUCUUCAACUGUAUGAGCGCAUUGGACAACAAUCGCAGUGACUCAUGUAUGAUAGAAUGUCCUAUGGAGCGAAUAAACCUAGAAAGGAUAAACAUGAACCUGGCUGGAUCACAAUUUUUGUAAAACCAUCUCACAAAACACUCAUACUCAUGUCAACACAAUCGCAAAAAAAAUAUCCUUCAAGAUUGCUGAUGGUUUUUGGUCACAUUAAAAAAAACAGAAGACCAUAUCUGAUGAUUAAAUAUCUCUGGUGUUUCGAAAACAAAAUGUGUUGACGUAAAAUGUGUGAUAAUCGGCCAUCAGGAAACCAACAACAUCAAUUGCAAAUCGCUGAAUAAAUUGC